UUUUGAAGAUGGUGAAGAUUUUGAAGGUGAAGAACUACAAGAUGAAGAAGAUUUUGAACGUGGUGAAGAUUUUGAAGGUGAAGAACUACAAGAUGAAGAUGAUUUUGAACGUGGUGAAGAUUUUGAAGAUGAAGAACUACAAGAUGAAGAUUUUGAACACGGUGAAGAUCUUGAAGGUGAAGAACUACAAGAUGAUGAAAAUUUUGAAGAUGGUGAAGAUUUUGAAGGUGAAGAACUACAAGAUGAAGAAGAUUUUGGAGGGGGGGGCGAUUUUGGAGAUGAAG